AUGGAGGAAGAUGAGUCGGGGGUCUUCAGGGUUGGUCUGUCCAGAACCGUGGCCGAGGUCACCGAGGUUGAAAAGCUCCGAGGCAGCAGAGUCCGGUGUUUGUCUCCGCAGAACCUGAUGGCCAAAGCGUUGUACGACAACGUGCCCGAGUCCCCCGAGGAGCUGGCCUUCCGUAAGGGGGACAUCCUGACGGUGAUGGAGCAGAACACCGGGGGCCUGGAGGGCUGGUGGCUCUGCUCGCUGCACGGCCGCCAGGGCAUCGCUCCGGGAAACCGCCUCAAGCUGCUGAUCGGACCCGCCUUCGAGGCCCAGGCGUCCGCCGCGCCCACCGCCGCCCCGUCUCCUCCUCAGAGCUACCACCAGAACGCCGGCCCGCGGGCCCAGAGCCCAUUCCAGAACCAGCAGGGCAUCUACCAGGUCCCACCGAGGAGCGUCGCUGCUGAGAACACGCCCAACAAGGUGGUGACUCCGUCCAGGGUGGGACAGUCCUACACCUUCAGCCCCGGAACGCAGAACCAGCAGAACAUCUACGACGUCCCCCCCAGCAGAACACAGGGGGUGUACGAUGGUUCACCUGGUCAGAUGUUCUCUGGUGGAGCCAGAAACCAAGGGGUCUACGAUGUUCCACCGUCUCAAAUGGACCUCAGGACCCAAGGGGUCUACGACGUUCCACCGUCUUCUCAUGGGGUCUACUCAGUGCCGCCGUGCAGGACCAACGCCACCCCCCAGGAGGGAAACUACGACUUCCCGCAGCCUCUCAAGCACAAACAGGAAGGGAUCUACGACGUCCCGCCCCCUGCCCUCACCAAGCCUGCCCACAGCCCCCAGUCUCAUUACGAUUUCCCCCCCAGCACCAGCGUUGAGUCUCCCGCCCAGCGCCAACACCCCAACGGCAACGAGGGAAUCUACGACGUUCCCCCCUCUGCCCUUCACUCCGGGCCGGACCCUCAACUGGACGUCUAUGACUUCCCUCGAGGCGUGCAGCCCCCCCAGCUGAACGCCUCUGUAGCGGACAGAGACGGGAUCUACGAUGUCCCGGCUCAGGACACUCGGGCGGUGGCGGACGUGACGGACGGUGUGAACCGUCUGUCCAUCUCCAGCACCGGCAGCUCGCGCAGCAGCAUGUCCACCUCCUCGUCCUCCGCAGGCUCCGGUGCUGAGGGACGCCUUGUUCUGGACGUGGAUGCCGCCCUGCAGAGGUUGUUCCGCCUGCAGCAGGCGCUGGAGCUCACAGUCGGGGCGCUGCAUUCCAUGACAGCUUCCCCGCACUGGAGGACGUUUCCCUUCAUGGAGCGCCACGCCAACAACGUCCGCACAGUGCUGGACAGGGUUCGGACUGCCGUUGUGGACUUUGUGGUCUUCGGUAAAGGAGCUGCAGCGAACGCCACAUCCCUGUCAGACACGAGCCUGCACAGUAAGCUCCGGCGUCAGCUAGGACGCCUGGAGGACUCGCAGCAGAUUCUCCUGCAGACCUACCAGGUUCUGGAGAACUGCAGCUGGGCCCUGAAUGCCCUGACCUCGUCCAGGCAGCACCACAACAAGAGCGACGACCUGGACCGCUUUGUCAUGGUGUCAAGAACGGUCCCUGACGACGCCAAGCAGCUGACGUCCACCAUUGGCAGCAACGCCGAUUUGCUGUUCAGACGAACGGAUGGGAGUUCGCCCGAGGAGCACCCGGUCCACCCGCUGACCUCGCCCCCCUCAGAGAACGAUAACUUCAGGGGUCAGACCAAGACCUUCCCUGUGCCCCCCGGCCAGGACAAAGACAACAUGAACAACAGCGAGAAGUGCGUCAAAAGCUGGAUGGAGGACUACGACUACGUGCACCUGCAGGGUAAAGAAGACUUUGAACGCCAGCAGAAGGAGCUGUUGGAGAAAGAAGACGUCAUAAAGCAGAACCCAGUCCAGCUGGGCCAGGAACAGAUCAACCAGUUCAAGAAGCUGGAACAGGAAGUGAUCAAACCCGUGGAGAACGACGUGCCGCAGUGGAUCACCGCCUCCACGUCGGACCCGUCCUCCGCCCACGUGUGCUCCCGGGACCGCCAGCUGCUCACCUUCUACUCGACGCAGUGCGAGCAGCACUUCGUCACGCUCCUCAGCGCCGUGGACGCCUUCUUCGGCUGUAUCAGAGCCGGGCAGCCCCCCCGCAUCUUCGUCGCGCACAGCAAGUUCGUCAUCCUCAGCGCCCACAAGCUGGUCUUCAUCGGGGACACGCUGUCCCGGCAGGCGUCCGCCCCCGAGGUGGCCAACCGGGUGAUGAACUCCAGCAACGUGCUGUGCGACCUGCUGAAGACGGUGGUGGCGGCCACCAAAACGGCCGCCCUGAACUACCCGAACACGGCCGCCAUCCAGGAGAUGGUGGACCGGGUCACGGAGCUGUCGCACCGUGCGCAGCAUUUCAAGGAGCAGCUGCUGCAGAUGUCCUCGCUCUGACGCCCUCGAGCUGCGU